GUCAUGUAUAAAAGGCGAAUGAAAUUGAAGAGAAUCUCAACAGAAAAAGUGAAAAAUGGCUGCACUUCAAUUUGCUCUUCCCUCCAUAGCCGGCGGCCGGCGCCGGCCGGAGUCACGGUCCAUUGUCAGACCGGUGCGGUGCGCAGCUGACCGCCAGGCGCUUUUUAACCGCAUUGCCCCUGUCUAUGAUAACUUGAAUGAUUUGUUUAGUUUAGGAAGGCAUAGAGUGUGGAAGAGGAUGACUGUUAAUUGGAGCGGAGUUAAAGAAGGAGAUACUGUGUUGGAUGUUUGUUGUGGAAGUGGGGAUUUGGCUUUUCUGUUAUCUGAGAAAGUUGGAAUCAAUGGCAAGGUGAUUGCUCUCGAUUUCUCAAAGGAGCAGUUACAAAUUGCUGCAAAUCGCCAGAGUGAACGAUCAAAGGCCUGUUACAAGAACAUUGAGUGGAUUGAAGGAGACGCUGUCAAUUUACCAUUUUCUAGAUCCUCAUUUGAUGCUGCAACCAUUGGCUAUGGCCUACGAAAUAUUGUAGAUAGGAGAAAAGCUAUGGAGGAGAUGUAUAAAGUUCUGAAACCUGGUUCAAAAGUAUCUAUUCUCGACUUCAACAAAAGCACUAGCUCAUUAAACUCUUCGAUUCAGGAUUGGAUGAUUGACUAUAUAGUGGUACCUAUUGCAAGUGGCUACGGCCUAGCCAACGAGUACCAUUACUUGAAGAACUCGAUCAAGGAAUAUCUGACAGGAAAUGAGUUGGAGAAGCUAGCUGCAGAAACGGGCUUCUCUGAGGCCAAGUUCUACGAGAUUGGUGCAGGCUUCAUGGGGAAUUUGGUGGCGACCCGUUAGGAAGGUUCUCUUUCCAGUCUGAUCUUCUUAAUGCAGGUUCAGUUUCAUGCGCUGGCUUUCUUCGACUACGGAAUCACAUUUUUCACCCUUCUUUUUUAGUUGAGUGAUGCUAUAGGUUAAAAUAUGAUAAUACAUCAGCCUCCCCACAAGCACAACUCCCUUGGCAAUUUUGUGCCUAUGUAUAAGCUAGUGCUUAAUCUAUAUACUAAAAUCUAUUUGUAUCUAUACAUUGCUUAAUGAAAAUGUCAAAAUUUACAAUA